GGUGGGCGGUCUGAGAGGGCUUUCUUCAGCCUGAACUGAGCUGGAUAAUAGAAAUAUUUACGGCGUGUUGUUGAGCUGAGCCUGCAUGGCCCUGUGGCAGGAGCACGGUCGCCAUCUCUGGGUAAACAGUGUAACCGAAUCACGCAGUUGAUAUUGUGUAGUGUGUGUGUUUGGAGCCGGAGCGUACAGUAGGAGCAGCAGCAGCAGCAGCAGCAGCAGCAGCAGGCGGGGUGCUAUGCUGCCUGGACACACUCCACUCCAAUGCAGGACUGACGCUUUGUUUGUCCCCUGCACAUCCUCGGACUCUCACCUUCUCACUGACUCGUCUUUUCUUUUUUUUUUUCCUUUUUCUUUUUUUUUUUUUUUUAAGUAAACUCCGGGGUUAUGGGACUGCAUACUUCGAGUAAAAUGGGAUUUUAAUGGUGCACACAGCGGACGCUCUGCUCGCCUGUGCACAGCCUGGGGACUGUAGUACGAUCGCUGAUGUUUGCCAAGGAAUAAAACGGUGUAGCCGAAGGUGCAGAACAUCUCGUUUCCAUGGACAACACGUCCAUAAUAACACAGGUUGCAAAUCCGAAAGAGGAGGAGAGCAUUUCUUCCAGUCAGGAUAAAGUUUCCCAAUCCAACAGCAGCCUAAAGAAGCACCGGAGCCGCAGCAUCUUCAGCCCCUUCUUCUGCUGCUUCCGAAACUACAAUGACUACCACGUGGAGCCCCCGCCUGCCAACAACAAGACACUUUCUCUACCUCCUCCGCCAGAGGAGAAUGGCAGCCCUCCCAAGUGUGACCAGGUCCAGGUCAUCCCCAUCCCUAGUCCUCCUGCCAAGUUCCUCCUGCAGGAGGUCAGUAUAGCAGACUACGGCAAGAACUGUGUAGUGAUCGACCUGGACGAAACCCUCGUACACAGCUCUUUCAAGCCUAUCAGCAAUGCAGACUUCAUCGUUCCAGUGGAGAUUGAUGGGACUGUUCAUCAGGUGUAUGUGCUAAAGAGGCCCCAUGUAGACGAGUUCCUCCAGAAGAUGGGGGAGCUCUUCGAAUGUGUCCUCUUCACAGCAAGCUUAGCCAAGUAUGCUGACCCUGUGGCAGACCUGCUGGACCAGUGGGGGGUGUUCCGCGCCCGGCUCUUCAGGGAAUCCUGUGUUUUCCACAGAGGAAACUACGUCAAAGACCUCAGCCGGCUGGGCCGAGAGCUCAGUAAAGUCAUCAUCAUAGACAACUCACCUGCCUCCUACAUCUUCCACCCUGAAAAUGCGGUCCCAGUGCAGUCCUGGUUUGACGACUUGACGGACACAGAGCUGCUGGAUCUGAUACCGAUGUUCGAGGGCCUCAGUAAGGAGGACGACGUUUACAGCCUGUUACACAGCCUGAGGAACAGGUAGCAGACAGCAGCUCCUUCCUGCAUAGUCGCCCCAUCCCUGCUGCACAGAGGCCUCACCUCGCUGCCACGGGCCCUGCAGCCCGGCUCCCAGGAGUCCCAGUGUGACCCCAAUCUGAGGACUUCAGGCAGUUCUGGUCAUAAUGACAUCUAGAGACAGCAGCUGAUCUCUGUACUCUUGGACCCUUUGUACAGGACUCCUACUGACAAAAGAUUCUAUUACUGUAUGUACAUACUAUAUGUUUCUAAGAGCAAGACAUACAUAAAGUAAUUUUUCUAUCAGAGAGAGGAGGUUUUACUAUUCUAUCAAGUAAUAUUUUAGUUACCAAAAAUAAUCAAAUAGACAGAAACAAAACGUUUUUUUUUUUCUUUUUUCGAGAAGGAGUGACUUUUCGUUUGUUUUUUUUUUUUGUGUUGAGCUGUGCAAUGCAGGCUGUCGUUUCUCGUCUGACCUUUUGUUCAAACAACUGUGAUUUCUCUUCUCUUACAGAAUGAAGUGCCUUCAUUACUGUGCUGAUUUCGUUGUGUCAGGUUAUGGGGUGUGCGUUUUAAUGCUGCAUAUUUACUCAAAUUUCCGAAAGCAUACGGUCUAAAUCCUUGAAUUUAAUUUGGAAACAAGUCUUUGGUGAUUGUGAAUGAAUCUAGUAUAAUGACAAAAAAUAUAUAUAUAUAUAACUACCCUGUUAGAUACGAUGACUCUUUGCUUUUGAGUUUGGUGACAUUGAAUUGUUAAACUUACCAAAGAUUGUUACAAUUCAAUGUGAUUUGUGAUUGAAUGCCGUCAUUUGAUCCUUUACAGUGGCUGUAAAUUGAUGACCCUUAAAGAUAUUGAAACCCCCCCCUGUUAUUUAAAAAAAAAGACAAAAAAGAAACCUUUGUAAUGACUUCACUGUCCACCAAUAAAUGUUCAACUUUUGAAGACAAUAUCAAGAAUAGCUUAGAUUAAAUGAAAUUAUAUUUAUUGGGGAAAUGGGGUUGGGUGCAUUGUAAAGACUGCUGUUGAAAUCGUACUGUACAACAUUAUUAAAGUUGCAGGUUUGCACACUGUC